AUGCGUUUCUCCACCAUCGCCAUGAUCGCCGGUGCCGGCCUCGCCUCCGCCCAGGUUGAGUCUCUCAUCUCCUCGGUUGCCUCCUCCAUUGGUGGCGAGAUCUCCUCUGCUCUUCCCGGCGGUGCCUCCUCCGCCUUGAGCUCCGUCCAGUCUUCUAUCGGCUCCCAGAUCUCCUCCGCCAACAGCGCUGCCUCUUCCGCCAUCUCCUCCAUCGAGGGUGGUGCAUCCUCCGCUCUUGCCAGCAUCAGCUCUGAGGCCGCUACCGCAACUGGCAGUGCCGCUGCAUCUCUCUCCGGUGCUGCCUCUUCCCUCCGCUCCUCCGCCAGCGCGGCUGCCAGCUCUGCUCGCGCCUCCGGCUCUUCGGCUGCCUCCUCCGGCAUGGCCGCUGCUACUCAGGCUCCCGUUGCCAUGGGUGCCCUUGCUGGUGGUCUUUUCCUUGCUGCCGGUCUUUUGUAA